GGCGGCCAUGGCGGCGGCGGGGGGAGCGCGGCCCGGGGUGGUGCUGGGGGCCAUGGAGAUGGGACGGCGGGUCGGGCCCGAGGCCAGCGCCGGGCUGCUCCGCGCCUUCCUCCAGCGCGGCUACCGCCUCCUCGACACCGCUUAUAUGUACGCGGGAGGAGAGUCCGAACGCAUCCUGGGCACGCUACUGGCCGGCGCCGCCGGGCCCGUGGAAGUUGCCACCAAGGCCAACCCCUGGGAUGGGAAGACACUGAAGCCCGAGAGCGUGCGGUCGCAGCUGGACACGUCCCUGGAGAGGCUGAAGAGGACGAGCGUGGAGCUCUUCUACCUCCACGCUCCUGACCACGGGACCCCGGUGGAGGAGACCCUGCGUGCCUGCAAUGAGCUGCACAAAGAAGGAAAGUUUAAAGAACUCGGUCUAUCAAACUACGCCGCUUGGGAGGUGGCAGAAAUCUGCACCAUCUGCAAAUACAACAACUGGGUGAUGCCAACAGUGUACCAGGGUAUGUACAACGCGACCACUCGCCAGGUGGAAACCGAGCUGUUCCCCUGCCUGAGGUACUACGGGCUGCGCUUCUACGCCUACAACCCCCUGGCAGGAGGGCUGCUGACUGGCAAGUACAAGUACGAGGACAAAGACACACGCCAGCCCACCGGAAGGUUUUUUGGCAAUGACUGGGCUCAAGCCUACAGGGACAGGUACUGGAAAAAGCACAAUUUUGAAGGAAUCGCCAUAGUAGAAAAAGCUCUGAAAGAUGCUUAUGGUUCCAACGCCCCGAGCCUGACCUCUGCUGCCUUGCGCUGGCUGUACAAUCACUCCAAGCUGCAGGGUUCUCUUGGAGACAUGGUGAUCAUCGGGAUGUCCAGUUUGGAGCAGCUGGAGCAGAACCUUGACUACAGCCAAGAGGGUCCCCUGCUCCCGCCCGUCGUGGAGGCGUUCGAUCAGGCCUGGAACCUGAGUGCGCACGACUGCCCCAACUAUUUCCGCUAGACACCAGGGUAGGGACGAGAAAGCGGGUGUUGAGGGGGUGGAUAAUGGAGCACAAACCUCUCGAAGCUUGGGAGAAGCACUUCCCCACCCUGCCCCUUCGAUCGACGUGUAAAUGGGUUGAGAUUUUCCCCCUGAAUUAAUGAAGCUUUGUAGGAUCCGCUACCGCUGUCAGCGCUUGGCGCGUUGGGCGAUGCCUUAUUCUUCCUCCCCUCGUGGACCUCCGGCUCCAAAGAGCAAACACUACCAUUUCCAGGUGCAAUUAAUUGGGAAAAUGGACACAUAACUGGAUGAAGGCCCCAGUUCUGCUUUAAUACAAAAUCUUAAAUAAUUACGUACAAGAAUAAAACCCUUUUCUAACACAGA